AUGUCUGCAGGUCUCUCGUGGACGCAGACUGAAGGUCUUCUAAAACUAGUCAACACUCUCUUUGGCAUUUUGGUAGCACCAAAAUCGAAGUUCCUUUUCCGGAAAGUUUGGAAGCAAAACCAGCGAGGCAUGGUAGAUUUUCAUUUUUUUUUUUGCGAACGAUGCUCUAGGGCAUUCGGUGUCUGUAAAGCUCCCAUCCAAGGCAAGAACAUGAGGUGCUCGCAGUGCAGCACUCUGUAUAAAGCAGAGGAAAUGGUCGCUGAUGGGACAUUUUUUAUAAUUUUCAACCUACGAAAGCAACUGCAACACCUGGUGAAAAACUGCAAGGAGGCUCUAUGGGACAACAUGGAGAAGAUUGCACAGAGGUCACAUGACAUCUUCACUGACCUGACCGACGGAGACCUUGUCAGGAAAGCACGAGAGAAGUUGGGCUGCACAAUGCACGAUUUAACGGCGAGCUUCAGUACCGAUGGAUCACCAGUUUUUAAAUCCAGCAAAACUCUAUGUGGCCCAUUCACAUGA